AUGCGGAUGGCUCCAGAGCUAGCUACCAUGCCAUCACCUCUCGCACCGCACGAUGCCUUGCCCUUUCAAAUCUAUACAGCGCACGAGCGACCAGAUUUACUCAGGGACUUGGAUCAAGCCGACCAUCCAUUGAACCUUCUCUGGCCCGAGUUUCUUGACCAAGAUCCAGUGUUCCAACUGUUUGUUCCAGCUCUGUUCCAAAUCGACUAUUUCUCACGAUACCAAUUCCUCGCCGUUGAAAAAGACAAUGUCACGGGUCAUGAGCAAAUCAUUGGGAUGGCUCGUUCAAUCCCAUUCUUCUGGCCCGAGUUAUUGACCCUGGACCCUACCUCGCGACUCUCCGAGCAUCCCAAGGUAUUGGCGACCCUUCCCGAAGGCGGUUACGACACAAUUCUCUCUUGGGGAAUACAGCAGCAUCUUUCCCGUGAAGGGCUGAUUGACCCACUGUGGUCCUUGAGCAAUGACCCGCCCAAUGCACUUUCAGCUCUGUCCAUCACGGUUCGUGGCGAUCGAAGGCGGACCGGUCUAGCCGAGAUCUUCAUCCGCACAAUGAAGCAGGCCGCCAUUGAUGACAGCUUCCGCGCCAUGGUAGUGCCAUUACGCCCCACUCAGAAGCCCAAGUAUCCCUCAGCGAGCAUGGAAGACUAUGUGCAGUGGACUAUUAGCUCGACCACUGAUAGCACUCAUUGCAUUCCAGGACCUGAAGUUAACUCUAUCAACGUAACGCUUGACAGCCAUCAACAGAGGAACAGUGCUUUUGAUCCAUGGCUACGCAAACACCUUCGUCUCGGCGGACGAAUCGCCAAGGUGGCCCAUAGGAGCAUGAAGGUACGUGGGACGGACGAACAGUGGCGUAAGUGGACCGGUGUGGAUUUCGAAGCCCGAGCUAUGGAAGCCCGCGCUUGUGUUGAUGGCGACGUCAUGAAUAUCUUCAUACCUGGUGGCUUGGUACCAGUGAAAUACCAUUGUCGAGACAAAAUUGGGGUUUAUGUUGAGCCGAACGUGUGGAUUUAUCAUGAGUUGAAGGACUGA